AAAACAACAAUAAACACCAAAACCUCUUUUUCCUUCUCUUCAUCUGCUCUCUCUGAGUCUCAAAUCCAAAAUACUAACAAUGGAGGCAAUGAAGAUGAAGCUUUUCAUAGCGGUUUUGGUUGCAUUGAUAGUAUUUUCUGCGGUUCAACAGUCGGCUGCAGCGGUUGACGCUCCUGCCCCGAGCCCUACCUCCGAUGCAUCCUCGUUUAUCCCUACUUUCUUCGCCUCCGUCACGGUUUUGGCCUUCGGAUUAAUCUUUUAAGAAGUUUUUCCCCUUCUUAUAUUUUAAGUGAAUUAAAUAAAAUCAUUUGUUUGUGUCUCGUUGAGUUCUUGACAUCUUGUUGCUGAUUUUAUGUCUUGAGUUUGAUCUAUUUCUUCCAUGUAACGUUAUUAAAAUUGACUCAUCCUAACAUCAAUAAUAAUCAUUAAUUUUUCCU